UGAAUUGGAAACGUAUAUCCAUGGCUUUGCUCUCAAUAACACCUCAUAAAAUAUUCUGUCAGGUUUUGUUUAAACAGGCUUGCUUGACAUGAUCGAAACAGCUCAUCCGUUGCAGCGCUCGAGAUAUACACGUAUUCAAUAAUCAUGAAUGGGCGAUAUAAGCAACAUAGGGACGUGCCAAAUAUCCCAAAUAGAACUUACCGAAUAUUUUUGUGCAACCGGAAUUGUUUAUGUGACACCGGAAGGGUAUCGUCAGUUAUCUUUGGCGGCGCCGGUGGAUGGUCAAAGAUGAGUGAUGAAACUGAUAAAAAUAAGGAGUUCCAUGAGCAGCUCCGGUUACAGCAGCUGUAUGGCCAGAGACAGGGCGACGGAGACGAUCCGUACACCUUCGUGGACCCAGAGGACGGGACCGUGUAUGACUGGGACCAUGACAAGAAAGCAUGGUUCCCUAAAAUAACGGAGGACUUCCUUGCUGCCUAUCAAGCCAACUACGGCUUCACAAAAGAUGGGGAGCAUGAUCCCAAUGCUGCAUGCGCAGCCGAAACAGACACACAGGGCAAGCCAGAGGGUAAGACAGCUGAGAAGAGUGCUGACAAGGAACAGGCGAAGGAGAGCAAAAAGGAAAAAGCCGAGAAGAGGAAGGCUGAAGCCGCAGCCUGGUUUGAUGUAGAAAUGGACAAGAAUACCAACGUCUAUGUGUCAGGUCUUCCACCUGACAUUACCACCGAAGAGUUUGUGGAGCUCAUGUCUAAGUGCGGCAUUGUCAUGAGAGACCCCGUCUCCGAGGAGUACAAAGUCAAACUCUACAAGGACGGCCAGGGGAACCAGAAAGGCGACGGUCUCUGCUGUUACUUAAAGAAGGAGUCUGUAGCCCUGGCGGAGCGGCUGAUUGACGAGACUGAUAUCAGGGGCUAUAAGCUCCACGUGGAGGCUGCCAAGUUCGAGCUCAAGGGCGAGUAUGACGUCACCAAGAAGAAGAAGAAGAGCAAGGACUACCGCAAGAGGAUGAAGGCGCAGCAGAAGCAGCUGGACUGGAGGCCAGAGAAGAAAGCGGGAGAAGAGGCCCGCAGGAGGCAUGAACGUGUGCUCAUCAUCCAGAACAUGUUCCACCCCAGUGACUUUGAGGAAGACCCCCUGGUGUUGAACGAGUAUCGGGAUGACCUCCGGACAGAAUGCGAGAAAUUCGGUCAGGUGAAGAAGGUCAUCAUUUUUGAUAGACACCCUGAUGGAGUGGCUUCUGUGGCCUUCAAAGAGCCGGAGGACGCUGACGUGUGUCAGAUAGCACUGAACGGACGCUGGUUUGGCGGCAAGAAGUUAUCAGCCCAGCUGUGGGAUGGAACAACCGACUACCAGGUUGAGGAGACGACGAGGGAACGAGAGGAGAGGCUGAAGGGCUGGGCGGCCUACCUGGAGGGGGGGAGUAAGGGCCCAGCACCGCCAGGGGCUCCGCCCGCAGGUACCGAGGGCUCCGAUAAAGCCACCCCUGAGUCGUCCAGCCAGGCAGCGGGAACUGAGGCAGAACCCUCUAACCCGGGGAGCCUGGAGGAAGGGCCCGCAUCGCUCACGGUGGUGGACACCAAGACACCAGAGGACGCCCAAGCGGACUCCACGGACAGCAGCCUGGCAGGAAGCGACGAGGAGGAUACGUAGGCAAACCUCAGCGUGCGUCUCCCUCCGUUCAGCUUGCUAGAGGACAGUCUUGCCUGCCGUUUGGUCCACGCCUCCUUGUUUGAUCGGUGAAACAUGACAGAGGAACAGAACUGUUGGGAAGUACUGUUGUUGCAUACUCUAACCCUAUGUAUUUUCUAUUCUUUCCCUUGACAAUUACCUGUUUCGUCAAUAAUUGUCCACAUCACGUGAAUGUUUUCUACUGAGAAUUUGUGUGUUGAAUAAAUGAUCUUGGUCUUGAUGUGAAUCAUCUGGAAUAAAACUAAGGGCCAAGCCUUGGACAGGUUUUAAACUGAUUGAGUACAUCUGUCUAUCAUUGUCUCAAAUACAGUGGU